CAACGAGGGGCUAGCACAGUGCUGUCACAGGAGGAGGCCAAGAAGAGCGUGUUGUGACGUACUUCAGCCGCACUGAAUGGAACUACUGUGUCAACUGCCAGGAGCUCUUGGCCUGGUCCAGGUCCUCUGCUACUUUUGCCCCUGCCUCUUCAAACACCGGUUCCUGCUUUGUGUGGACCAUGCGUCGCUGACUUGGCUGUUGAGCUUCAAUGGUCCCCAGGGGCAGCUGGCACAGUGCAUGGAGGCUCUCCAGGACUACAACACCACGGCGAUAGGCAUCUCAGCAAUGCUGAUGCCCUCUCCUGCUGUCCCUGUGAUGCCACCGAGUGUGGCCACUGUCCCAGCUCGAGGAGCAGAGCCAGGAGCAAGGGGCAGUAGCGCCCCUUCAGCAGGCAGCCGGCAGCGACCUCCCAAUCUUGGGCCAGCAGCAGUGAGCGGGGUUCUUUUGAAGACCCUGACCUGGAGUUACACCCUGACUUCUGUUCAUUGUGGAAAUGGGAUCCACUUUCAGGUUCUCAUGACUGGCCGCUUUUCAAUAAGCCGAGGACGUGGCCUGAAAGACCAGCAUGCCUUCAGGAUGCCAGAUUUUCAAGGCCCUGGAGGUGGGUGGACUCAAGGUCGCUGCUGCCUGGUGCAUUGUGGGAGACGGAAGAUGAAAAGCAGUGAGCUGGCUUCUGGCUCAAGUUCUUUGGGCAUAGAGCUCGGAAAAAGUGAGGCAAAAGACUUCUAACACCUUAAAUCGGCAAGUUGUUUUGUUAUGACUCUCCUCUCGCUGUGAAACGGGGAUACCUCUUUUUCCUUUUUAGGCAGAGAGAGAGCCUGUGGUAUAUUGAAUUACCGGGUGAACAAGUAGUCUUUGAGGUACUGCAAGGCUGUGUCUUUAUUAAUGCUUUUCUACACGCUUG